AUGAGUGUUAGCAGUAGAGGUGUUGACGAAUGGUUAGAGACAGUAAAGAAAUGUCAGUCACUAACUGAAAAUGAGAUGAAACAAUUGUGUGAAAUGGUAAAAGAACUACUGAUGGAAGAGAGUAAUAUCCAACCGGUACAGACACCUGUAACAGUUUGUGGUGACAUCCAUGGUCAAUUCCAUGAUCUUUUAGAGUUAUUCCGUACAGCAGGUGGAUUCCCAGAUAAUAUUAAUUAUGUGUUUCUUGGUGAUUAUGUUGAUAGAGGUUAUUACAGUUUAGAGACAUUUACAUUAUUGAUGUGUUUAAAGGUAAAAUACCCAUCCAGGAUUACGUUGGUACGUGGUAAUCAUGAAUCUCGUCAAAUUACUCAAGUUUAUGGGUUUUAUGAAGAAUGUUUAAAUAAAUACGGUUCAACUACUGUAUGGAAAUACUGUUGCCAAGUCUUUGAUUUCUUAACAUUAGCAGCCAUUAUCGAUGGGAAGAUUCUAUGUGUACAUGGUGGAUUAUCACCAGAAAUUAGAAUGUUAGAUCAAAUUAGAGUGCUUUCUCGUGCCCAAGAAGUACCACAUGAAGGUGGAUUUUCAGAUUUAUUAUGGUCAGAUCCAGAUAAUGUUGAAGCAUGGCAGGUAUCACCUAGAGGUGCUGGGUGGUUAUUUGGUAGCAAAGUCGCACGUGAGUUCAAUCAUGUUAAUGGAUUAAAUUUAAUUGCAAGAGCUCAUCAAUUGGUCAUGGAAGGGUUCAAGUAUCAUUUCCCUGAAAAGGAUGUUGUCACAGUAUGGUCUGCACCAAAUUACUGUUAUAGAUGUGGUAAUGUUGCAAGUGUGAUGAAAGUUGAUGAAGAUUUAGAACCUACAUUCAAGAUAUUUAGUGCAGUACCUGAUGAUUAUAUACAGGAAGCUGCGGUUAAUCACAAUAACCAAAGGGCAGGUUACUUCUUAUAG